UCCCGUUCGUGAAACAUUAACAAAACUGUCGCGAUCAACGAAGCAACGGCGAUCGUGUCUUGGGUCUUGGUUAACUUAGCUAACUUGUUUCCGGCGCGAGUGUUAACCAGUGUGUCAGUGUGUGCGCGUGUACCUGGAACCUGUACGAGUGUGUUACCUGCUGCCCCGUUGCUAAAUUAUUAUUUUUUUUCGAACAUUUUUUUCUGUGUCGUCGUCGCUGCCGCUGCAAAACUGGUUGCUGGCAGCACAAAAAGAGAAGCAGAAGCUAGCUGUGAAAAGAAGUAGCAGGAGAAGAACGCAAAGCAGAAGAGGAAGAAGAAGGAGAAUAAAAAGUGAACAACAGUUGUAUUUUUGUUCGUCUUUCGGGACUUUGGUUUUUCGGUUUGGAAAAUCAAAGGUAGCAUCUAGUUAACUAGCGAGUCAAACCAAAAGUAACGCAUCCAGAAUGCCCUGCUCGGCGGUAACACUGUCGAUAGCGACGAUCUGUGCGAUUAUCGCCACCGCUCUGCUGGCCAUUGCCUUCUCCACGGACAACUGGCUGCACUACGAUGUCUGGCGCAAUCAGAUACAGGCCUUUGCCUCAAAGCACUCGGAUGCCGAGUCGCUGCUGUACAACAUGAACACGAAGUAUUAUUACUACACGAGAACACGUGGACUCUUCCGCAUUUGUUAUCCGAAGGAGCGGCCACCGGCAUCAGCAGUGCCCACAUAUCUGUCACCGAUUGAGACACACUGCUCGAACAUUGACUACUUUCCGCAGGCGGAGGAUGAGAAAAUUGCCAACGAGGACGCCACAUCGAGACUGCACUUGGCCCGCUCCUGCAUUGCCCUGUUCAUAAUUAGUUUUGUGACAAUAUUCUGUGCAUUUUGGACCGGCCUGUCGGGCUGCUGGAAGCGCUCAUCGGGCGCCAUAACAGCCACAUCGAUAUUGUUGCUGGUCACGUGCCUUUUGGCUGCCGGGGCCAUGGGCCUCUGGCAUACCGUGGAGUUCUUUGAGAAGGAAAAGGUCGUUGGCGAGGAUUACUUUCAGCAGUGGAACACGGUUCUUCGCGAUAAUACAAAAAUUGCCUACGACUGGUCGUACAUUGUGGCCUGGGCUGGCAUCGGGACAUGCCUGCUGUCGGCCAUUCUGCUGUCGGGUGCCGCCGUCUGUCUGCGCAACGAGCGCGAGAAGGAGGAGCAACUGAAUCUGCAAUAUUUGAUGCCUGUGUACUCGCAGAAGCAGCCCCCUUAUCCGCCGUAUGCCAAUUAUGCACAGCCACAGAUCUAUCCGGGUCCCUACUACCAUGGCUCGCAAUAUGGCCCCUACAACUAUUAGGACUAGGGAGAGUUCCCCGAGGUAAAGAGAGCAUCGAUCGGCAGAAGGAAGGGAGGGGAGAGGAAAGCAUCAGCAGUCACGGAAGGAUUCAACGAAACGAAACGAAAGAAAGACAAAAAUCAGUAGCCAGUCCUCCCACGUCGUCUAAGAAAGAAGAAAUGUUUGAGCAAUUAGGGUCCAAAAUACCCGCAAAGACACCGAGUUUUUAACACAAAAUUACAACAUUCUGAAGCGGAUAAUCUAUAAAUAUGUAACGGGUUUUUUUUUUGUAGAGCUCUAGAGCUAUUUAGGUUCGAUGGAACUUGGAGUCAAGAGGUUGCAUCGAAGCUUUUGGUGCGCAAAACUUGAGUGGCGCCUAAAGAAUGUUUUAAAGGAGACGAAAGGAAGAUAAAAUAAAAUAAAAUAAAGACAAAAAGACAGACACGACAACAAAACAAUAAAGAGUUAAUUUAUUGUAGCAUGUAAAGUACAUGUGUAGCCUUAUAUUAAUAAUAAUAAUAAUACUAUAAAACAAAUGAGAAAUCAAUGUAAUCGUAAGCUGACAGAGUUUCCGUUUCACGCCACAACCUACGCCCUACGCCCCACACCUGAUCCUUCCCCACACCACCACCCAUUGUGUAAUGUAUAUGAAUGUAAUGCGCGACAAGCUUCAAAUUUGUCUUCCAAGUAUAGUGCAUAUUGUAUGUAGAUCUGUACGUUUAAUGAAUAAAAGUUUUCUUACGUUAA